CCGGGUACAACCUCCUCGCAUAAAACCGAAGGGUGACGAGAGAGAGUUCGUCAGAGAACAGGAACCCAAUGAUUCCCAUAUGUCCAGUAGUCUCCUUCACCUAUGUGCCCGGCCGGCUAGGUGAAGAUGCCAAAAUGGCUACCGGCAACUAUUUUGGAUUUACCCAUGGUGCUGCUGCGCAGUACAGUCAGCAGCCGGCCGCUGGGGUUGCCUACACCCACCCCACCACAGUGGCCAGCUAUACUGUGCACCAAGCACCAGUGGCGGCCCACACGGUGGCGGCAGCAUAUGCCCCAACGGCCGCCACAGUUGCCGUAGCCAGACCUGCGCCCGUUGCCGUAGCCGCGGCGGCUACGGCAGCGGCGUAUGGUGGGUAUCAGCCGGCGCACGCGGCCACCGAUUACGCCUACGCUGCCCAGCGGCAGCCCGAGGUCCCACCGCCCCCUCCCCCGGUCACGUCCCAGAACUACCAGGACACGUAUUCGUAUGUGCGUUCCACGGCUCCAACCAUGGCUUACGACAGUAAGCAGUACUACCAGCAGCCCACAGCCACCGCCGCAGUGGCAGCUGCCGCCCAGCCACAGCCCAGCGUGGCAGAGUCCUACUACCAGACAGCUCCAAAAACCGGUUACACGCAGGGAGUCACCCCCUACACCCAGACCCAGCAGACGCGUCAGGUGACCGCCAUCAAGCCAGCCACCCCCAGCCCCGCCACCUCCACCUUCUCCAUCUACCCAGUAUCCUCGGCGGUGCAGCCGGUCGCCGCUGCCUCCGUUGUCCCGUCCUACUCUCAGAGUCCCACCUACAGUACUAAUGCAGUCACCUAUUCAGGUACGUCAUACUCGGGUUAUGAGGCGGCCGUGUACUCCGCCGCCUCCUCUUACUACCAGCAGCAGCAGCAGCAACAGCAGCAGAAGCAGGCGAAGCAGGCGGUGGCGGCUGCCGCGGCGACGGCCGCCUGGACCGGCAGCACCUUCACCAAGAAGACGCCCUUCCAGAACAAGCAGCUGAAGCCCAAGCAGCCGCCCAAGCCGCCACAGAUCCACUACUGCGACGUUUGCAAGAUCAGUUGCGCCGGCCCGCAGACCUAUAAGGAGCACCUGGAGGGCCAGAAGCACAAGAAGAAGGAGGCAGCCCUCAAGGUCUCCCAGAGCAGCAGCAGCAGCGGAGCGGGCGGCACCGGCAGCUCGGCCCGUGGCACACAGAACCAGCUGCGCUGCGAGCUCUGUGACGUCUCCUGCACCGGCGCCGACGCCUACGCCGCGCACAUUCGCGGUGCCAAGCACCAGAAGGUCGUCAAGCUACACACCAAACUGGGCAAGCCCAUCCCCUCCACAGAGCCCAGCGUGGUCACCCAGACCUCCAGCGCCACUACAGCGGCUCCCAGCAAGGCCUCGGCGGGCGGCUCUGCGUCGGCAGGCAGCGCCGGUGCGGGCGGAGGCGGGGCCAUGGGUACCAGCGUGCAAUCUCCUGCUCCAGCGUCUGCGGCGGGCGCCGCCAACUCGUCCUACCUGAAGCCCAUCAGCAUGGUGAACAGCGCCAGCACGGCGGCGGCCGCCGCGGUGCAGGGCAAGAGCCCAGCGGUCAGUGGCCUGCCCACCAACGGCAGCGUGGUCAAGAAGGCCAACACUCCCAAGAUCAACUUCGUUGGAGGAAGUAAGUUACAGACCACAGGUGUCAAGGCCGAUGACUCCAAAGCAGAGACUGCAAAACCUGCCCCAGCCUCAUUGGCUGCACAGUCUCCGGACAUGAAGAUAGAGUCCUCUGAUUCGCUGUCGGCGCAGUCCGCCCUGGCUGCCCUGCAGAGCGAUGUCCAACCAGUCGGACACGACUAUGUUGAAGAGGUACGUAACGAUGAAGGCAGGGUGAUUCGCUUUCAUUGCAAGCUGUGUGAAUGUAGUUUCAACGAUCCAAACGCCAAGGAGAUGCAUUUAAAGGGUCGAAGACAUCGUCUUCAGUACAAGAAAAAGGUCAACCCAGAUCUCCAGGUGGAGGUGAAGCCCAGUAUCCGAGCACGCAAAAUCCAGGAGGAGAAGAUGAGGAAGCAGCUGCAGAAGGAGGAGUACUGGAGGAGGAGAGAGGAGGAGGAGCGCUGGAGGAUGGAGAUGAGGCGGUACGAGGAGGAUAUGUACUGGCGACGCAUGGAAGAGGAGCAGCACCACUGGGACGACCGGCGCCGGAUGCCCGACGGAGGCUACCCCCAGGGCCCGCCCGGCCCACCGGGGCUCCUGGGCGUGCGACCCGGCAUGCCCAUCCCUCAGCCACAGGGCCCAGUGCCCCUUCGCCGGCCCGACACCUCGGAUGACCGUUACGUCAUGACCAAACACGCGGCCAUCUACCCCUCCGAGGAAGAGCUGCAGGCCAUCCAGAAGAUUGUGUCCAUCACUGAGCGGGCUCUCAAGCUUGUGUCCGACAUCAUCACGGACCAAGACAAGGGCAAAGAGGAGGACAAGGAGAAGGAGAAAGAGAAGGAGAAAGAGAAGAAGGAGAUCCCCAAGGACCGAGCUCUUAAGGGUGUAAUGAGAGUUGGCGUGUUGGCCAAAGGCCUGCUCCUCCGUGGAGAUAAAAAUGUGAACCUGGUUCUCCUCUGCUCCGAGAAGCCCACCAAGAACCUGCUGACCCGCAUCGUGGAGCACCUUCCCAAGCAGCUCACGUUGGUGACACCUGAGAAGUACGAGGUGAAGGGCUCUAUCCAGGAGGCGGCCAUCAUCCUCACCUCCGGCGCCGAGCCCAAGAUGCAGGUGACAAUCACCCUGACGUCGCCCAUCAUCCGAGAGGAGAACGCCCGGGACGGAGAUGUAACCUCGGGUAUGGUGAAAGACCCAGCGGACGUCUUGGACAGGCAAAAAUGCCUUGACGCUCUGGCUGCUCUACGCCACGCUAAGUGGUUCCAGGCUAGAGCUAACGGACUCCAGUCCUGUGUCAUAAUCAUUCGCAUUCUACGGGACCUGUGUCAGCGAGUGCCCACGUGGUCUGCCUUUCCAAGCUGGGCCAUGGAGCUCCUGGUGGAGAAAGCCAUCAGCAGCGCGUCUGGCCCCUUGAGCCCCGGAGAUGCCCUGCGUCGAGUCUUUGAAUGUAUUUCCUCCGGCAUCUUGCUCCCUGGUGGUCCUGGGUUGAUUGACCCAUGCGAGAAGAACCCCACAGACACGUUGGCAGCCAUGGAGGAGCAGCAGAGAGAGGAUAUAACCUCAAGUGCCCAGUUUGCCCUAAGGCUGCUUGCAUUCCGCCAGAUCUACAAAGUCUUGGGCAUGGACCCACUGCCCCAGAUGAACGCCCGCUUCAACGUGCGCAACAACCGCAAGCGCCGACGCGACAACAGCGACGGGACGGACGGCUUCGAAGCAGAGGGGAAGAAGGACAAGAAGGACCACGAAGGCUUCUAAAAAAAGCAAAUUCAAACAAACAAAACGAUGAAA